CCUUGAGAUCCUUUGGUCACACCACCCCAAAAACGGAAUGGAGCAAUGGAGUCCAAUUUAUUUUUAAUUUUUCUAUUGUCGGUUUUGAUAUGCAAAAAUGCACGAGCUGAAAUCAGUGAGCGCCUGCUGGAAGAGAAUCAGGAAAUAGACAUGGAACUGCCCGCUCAUAUGAAUGGAAAGGAGUUUCCAGCCGUGCCACAGAACUCGGUGCAAACGCAUCCCAGGAGACACAUUAAGAGUAAGCGACGCAUGAAAAGAAGAUACAAGUGCUACUCGUGCGAUCCGCCAUGUCUCGAUCCCUUAGAGCUGUCACACACAUGCCAGAAUGCCAUUCAGUGCUGGAAGUCGCGCACACGGGAUGCCGAUGGCCAGGAGAACGUGAGGCGGGGCUGCACAACCUCACCGGAACAAUUGCCCCUGAUCUGCAACCAGAAUUCUCUGAACAAGCUUAACGGACCGACCAAGCGGAACGCUGCCAAGUAUAACGUUGCCUGCUGCACCGGGGACUUCUGCAACAGCGGAGAUUUCCCUGAGCUGCCGCCGAUCGUCAGCGGCGAUGUGACAGUCAUAACAGCGGACACCAGCAACAUCAGCAAGAUGUCCGCCGCCAUUCUGGGACCCUUUCUGGUCAUAACAUUGUUGGGCGCUGUGGCCAUUUAUUAUAUACGGCGGAGCCACCGCAAGCGGUUGGCUGCCUCGCGCACCAAGCAGGAUCCCGAGUCGUAUUUGGUAAAUGAUGAGCUGUUGCGCGCCACCAGCGCCGGGGACAGCACCCUGCGUGAAUACCUGCAGCAUUCGGUGACGUCCGGAUCGGGCAGUGGGCUGCCCUUGCUGGUGCAGCGCACCCUGGCCAAGCAGGUGACCCUAAUCGAGUGCAUCGGGCGGGGAAAAUACGGCGAGGUGUGGCGCGGUCAUUGGCAUGGCGAGAGCAUAGCAGUCAAAAUAUUCUUCAGUCGUGACGAGGAGUCCUGGAAGCGGGAAACGGAAAUCUACAGCACUGUUUUGCUGCGCCACGAGAACAUACUCGGCUUCAUUGGCUCCGAUAUGACGUCGCGGAACUCAUGCACCCAGCUCUGGCUGAUGACACACUAUUACCCGCUGGGAUCGCUGUUCGAUCACCUGAACCGCAAUGCCCUAAGUCACAACGAUAUGAUUUGGAUCUGCCUGUCGAUAGCCAACGGCUUGGUGCACCUACACACAGAAAUCUUCGGCACUGAGGGAAAGCCAGCCAUGGCCCACAGAGACCUGAAGUCCAAGAACAUAUUGGUCACUUCGAAUGGGACCUGUGUGAUUGCCGACUUUGGCCUGGCUGUCACCCACUCGCAUGUCACGGGACAGCUGGACUUUGGCCACAAUCCGAAGGUCGGCACAAAGCGCUAUAUGGCACCCGAGGUUCUGGAUGAGAGCAUCGACAUGGAGUGCUUUGAGGCCUUGCGCCGAACGGAUAUUUACGCCUUUGGUUUGGUCCUGUGGGAGGUUUGUCGCCGCACCAUUUCGUGCGGCAUUGCUGAGGAAUACAAAGUGCCCUUCUAUGAUGUGGUGCCCAUGGAUCCCAGCUUUGAGGAUAUGCGCAAAGUGGUCUGCACUGACAACUACAGACCCUCCAUUCCCAAUCGCUGGAGCUCAGAUCCUCUGCUGGCCGGCAUGUCCAAGCUAAUGAAGGAGUGCUGGCACCAGAAUCCAAAUGUUCGUCUGCCAGCCCUGCGCAUCAAAAAGACUAUACAUAAGCUAGCUUCCGCAGAUGAGAAGAUACGCUUGGACUUUGACGAGGCCUGCGUUUAGCUCUGGUCUGGUUGUAGUCGAUAGUUAGUUGUCUAAGCGAUACAUUAGUUGCAUUCACUUAGAUGUUAGCGGACUAGUGUAAGAUUCAUUCAUUUCAUUGAGGUUUUCCCCUUUGCAUUUUCACACACUAUUAGCUGGUAAUUGUAUUAUUCAGAGUUAAGCCAAGACGAAUGAACGAAGAAUGGAUUUCAUUUCUUAUGCUCUUCUACGAAUGAACCUUCUUGGUACGCAUUGGAACGUAUUUAUUUCAUUUUUGAUUUCCCUUUGACUUCUUGGGUGCCUUAUAAAUUGCCUUACAAUUGUAUAUUCAUGGGAAUAACUUUUACAACAUUUACUACAUCGUUCAUCAAGUGCCAUUUGCAAUUGAGAAUUGUAAAACAUUUUAGCAUUAAGCCCCUCUCACUCUUUGAACUUCACACAGACAGAGGCAGAGACAGACUUUGUUCACACUUGAAUUUGUCCUACCUUAUCCAAGCUAUGAUAGACCAUAAGUUAUAUAGACACACCACCCACUGACUACUGACUUGCUGUCUGUCCUAGAUUACGCCCUAAGCAUAAGCAUAACCAUAACCAUAUUUAGUUAUCAUCCCGAUCCAACGCAUAGAAGCAUACACCUAUUUGUAUAUUGUACAAAAUGCAAAUUAAUUAAGUUUUUGUAUAGUUUAAAUGAAAUGAAAUACACGUAUAAGCGAUAUAUUAGUUGAGUGGCGUCAA